AUGGAAAAAGGAAAUAAUCCUCCCAAGGUUCAAGUCCUUUGUUUUCUCUUGUGUAUAUUCUCUGCCUCGGGCAUUCGUGCUGCUUCGUAUGAUCAUCUUCAACUAGUUUACGCAUGGCCCAACACGUUUUGUUUGGACCGAAAUGUGGCGUGCAGAAGCCCGAUGCCUCAGAAGUUUGUUCUGCAUGGACUUUGGCCAUCUGAUAAAUCUGGCCAACCUUUAGCUUACUGUCAUAAAACUGCAAACAUUUCUUUGGCACUUAGCAAGUACGAAAAACAACUGUCGAGUUCGUGGCCGUCCCUCAGAAGGGACCUGACGAACAUGAAAUUCUGGCAAUAUCAAUGGGAAAAACAUGGGACUUGCGCACUAUCGAGAAUGAAAGUGCUCGGUUAUCUGCAGCUAAUUAUUACCACACAGCGCAAGCUCGACCCAUUAAUGGCGCUUAGAGCUAACAACAUUAAGCCCAAUGGGUCAUCAUACCACAUGAAAUCUGUCGAGGAUGCCAUAAGACGAGAGAUUAAGAGUCGGAAUUUUUAUGUCUCGUGCCAAGUUUUCAAAGGUGGCCCUUUUAUUAAAGAAAUCUAUAUAUGUUUUGAUGAUAUUGGGCAAAAAGUUGUAUCUUGCUCCAUUACAGAGCUCCGAAGAGGAUGUGGUAAGGGCAAGAAUCUUGUUUUUCCAGCUUCUGUAUCAAAAAAUGUGAAAGUGUAG